CCUCCACGCCAGCCGGGGCGCGGUGUGGUGAGAUCAGCUGUUCAUGCACCUGUACUAGAAUCCCCGAAGAACCGUCAACAAAGAGAUCCAGCAGAACAGGGUCACGGAACCGCAGCGCCUGCUGCCGUAAACAUCAGCUUAAAAGCAGGACACGUUGUUGGUCGAGCAUGCCCAGUAACACUCAACUUCUGGAGUCUGACGAUACCGAACCGGAUCUCCCGGUACUGGUACAGAGCCUGAGCGGGUUGAGCCUACUAGAUGAUGAGUAUCAACUGGAACCACAUGAUUCGUCUCAUCUGGGUGUACUGGGUGCGGUUUUGGACCUCCAGCCGUUGUCCCAAACUGGCUCAGAAGAUGAGACCAUCAACAACAACAUUAUCAGACAUGAUGGUGAUCUGGACCAGCUGAGGGCCAGGGCCUUGGCUCUAGAACUCACCGACAUGGAGGCCCCAGGGUCGGGCGGGCUCUACCAGGACGGGCUGGGCGAGUCUCAGGGCCACCAGGAUCAGGGGAGGAUGAUGAUGUUGAUGAUGAUGAUGCAGGAGGGUGAAACUUCUUCACUCAACAGCAGGAGGAAGAGUGUCAACACUACUGAGUGUGUGAUGGUGCCAACAUCUGAACAUGUGGCAGAAAUAGUUGGCCGACAGGGUUGUAAGAUCAAGGCUUUAAGAGCGAAGACCAACACCUACAUUAAAACUCCCGUGAGAGGAGAGGAGCCAGUGUUCGUAGUGACCGGAAGGAAGGAGGAUGUCGUCUUGGCCAAACGCGAGAUUCUAUCGGCGGCCGAACAUUUCUCCCUUAUCCGAGCAUCACGCAACAAGCUGUCACCAGCCCCGGGGCUCAGCAGUAUCCCUUCUAGCCAUCCAGGCCAGACCACCAUCCAGGUCAGAGUGCCGUAUCGAAUGGUUGGGCUUGUGGUUGGACCAAAAGGAGCAACUAUUAAGAGGAUUCAGCAACAGACCCACACCUACAUAGUCACGCCAAGCCGUGAUAAAGAACCGGUGUUUGAGGUGUCCGGCAUGCCUGAGAACGUAGACCGAGCACGGGAGGAAAUUGAGGCCCACAUCGCUCUACGUACCGCCGGGAGCAUGGAUACUAUCGUAGAUGACAACGACUUCCACUACAACGGCAAGGAUGUCGGCUUUGAGUCGGGCAGCAACGGAGCCUGGCUCUUCUCCAGCGGUGUGUCAAACUUCAACGCUAACUAUGGCAGCUUCCGCAUCAGCGGCGCAGGGUACCGCAACGACAGUUCCAGCUCCCUCGGAAGCAACUCCAGCGAGUCUUACUACAGUGGCAAAGGUAGCGGAAAGGCGGAUCUCAGCCCCAGCAGUGGUGGUGCCACCCUCUGGUUUGGUGAUACCCAGAUACCCCUGGGAUCCGAAGAGUCUGCAGGAUACGACGGGCUGUCAGUGACUGCUCCAUCCUCCAAUCAGCAGCAGACCUUGUGGAGCACCUUCGAGCGUGGAGGCACCAGUUUGCCAGCUACACCACGGCUUUCUCCUUCCCUCCUUGCCCGUAUGUCUCCAUCUCUUCCCAAGGCUUUGGAUCAUCCGCUGGUUCGGUUGAUGCAGGAGAAUUCCCAGAGCCUCCCAGCCUUUGGUUCCGCAUUCUCCCCGUCUAGCGACAGCACAGGCUCCAGUUCCCCGCCGAACGUGCGCACCUACUCCAAACGCAGCCACGUUCCUAUGUGUGUACGUUGCGGCAGCGGAGACAACGUGGCGGCACUUGUCCUGGGUGGGGCGAACCUUCUCUGUCCCAAGUGUUCCAGUUCCAUCUUGCAGAUCGCAUAGAGUCUUUCCCAUCUGUUUGUGGCUCAAAACAUCUGAGUAACAUACAAGAGAGAGAAGCCGUCAACGUACACCAGAGAAGGGUGAAAACUAAUGAUAAAUUGGGAUCACAAGUAAACUUGUUUAUUUUUUACAUUGAUGCUAUUUCCUUUAAUUAUGUUUAUCGAACUGGGAAAUGCAGGUUUAGAUAAAUAUUAAAGUUGCGCAGGGGUUAAGUCGCGCUUGUCUACCUUCAUCUACAUGUUCUCUUUGUUUUCUCGUUUCCAAGGUAUCGAUUCUGUGUUUACAUUAUACAUGUGCCUGAUUCCAUGUCAGCGUUACAUAACAGUGGUAUGGGCUGGCAGUGUUGCUGCAAAACUCUGUAAAAGGUUUGUGUUUAGAUAGUAAACCUCGUUCCCUGAAACUCUCACAAGAUUUGCAUUUGUCACUACCGAGGUUAGGUGUAGGGUUUCUGCAGGACUCCAGGUAUACCGUGUAUGGAUGUUGCAUGUAAGGCCACUUCCACACCAAUACGUUUUCUUUUGAAAGUGCAUUAAUUUAGCUGUUUAUGCCUUUCAUUUGCACAAGAAUGCCGUUUUCCUCCUCCGAAAACGCUCUCCAUUACCACAUACUUUGGAAACGGUGACGUUGUAAACUGAAAACAUGUUUCAUACUUAAACAUGUUAGUGUGGACUUGGCCUUAGUCUUGCAAGACUUUGCAGAACAAGAGUUAACAUCUAGACACGACUCUGUACAAGCAUCUGUGGCCUCUAGUUUCUGUUUCUCCCACACUAGAGCAGAGAAGCUUGAGGUCCAAUGAGAGAGACAGAUGUCCUCCUGACUUUCAUCUUCCGACCCUGAUGCCUGUACUUUAAACAUCUCCAUAAUCAUUACAAAACUUGGAGGUCAUAAAAUGACUGCACAUCUCUAUAGCAAAAUAAUUUAGCCUCAUUCACGAAAUGCAAACAGAAUUAAUUUCAUCGCAAAUUGUAUGUAAAGUAAUUCUUAUUUACUGUAAAUUGGGCCUCAUUCCUGAAAUUGGAGCAGAACAAAUUUCUGUGUAAAUCGAUCAUCCGUUCUUAUAAAUAGUUGCAUUGAAUUCAAUACGAUCAUUUUCGUUAGAACCGAUUGAGAGAUUACAAUCGUUCAUAUUUAACGAAAAUUCCGUUACGACCUGAAUUUUUUGCGAGUGAAUUCGGUUGUGGAAUAUGGUUGUCACUUCCAUGAAAACAGAACUUUGGGCCUCAUUUAUGAAACACGAGGUAAACAAAUUUCUGUUUAAAUGGUUCAUAGAACCAUUCUUGCGUAAAUUGUCGCAUUUAAUUUAAUGCUACGAUUUACGUAAUCUAGAACUACAUUACAUUGGUUUUAUGAAUGAUUUACACAGAAAUUCUGCUCGUGUUUGAUAAGGACAAAUGUCGUAUUCGAUUCAAUGUGACAAUUUAUAUUAGAAUGAUUUUACGAAUAAUUUUUUCAUGAAUGAGGCGCAUUACUGUUUUGGUAUGUGUUCUUUGAACAACUCUUCUCAUUGCCUUAACUGAACGGGUCCAGCUGAGUUAUUUGUGUCAGAGAAUGAAAAGAUUUACGGUAAUUUCUUAAAGUGCAGGUUUGGACACGGCUACUGUCGACUUUUUUUUUCGUAAUCUCUGAGAACUAAACUCACUAAACACUAAAUUCAGAGAAAAUUUAAGGCAUCAGUGAUCCAUAACCUCUCAAGAUUUAAUUUUUUUUUUUUUUUUUUUACAAUUUUGUAGUAUUUCUGGAGUUUAUAUUUCAUAUAUAUAUAUAUAUAUAUAUAUAUAUAUAUAUAUAUAUAUAUAUAUCAAGAUUAAAUAUAAGACUAUUUGGUGAGCAGUUGGCUGCUGUUUGCAUAAGUAUUAGCUUGUAGAGAACUGACAAUAGGUACUAUAGAGCAGGAAUACGCACACCUGCACAUUCUUAAUAUCUAACGAUUUCUAAUCUGAGACAAAAAAGCCAAGGAUCCAAUACAUAUAUACAGUGUAUACGCUGCAUUAGGUUUGCAUACUACCAUAUUAUGAUCAAUAUAAAAGUCCUAUGUUAAACAUUACUUGGAAUUUUUGUUUAUCAAACAGAUUUUUACCAUCACACUGCUACAAUGUUUCUGUAUUUGAUCAUUUUACUGUUCUUUUAUUAUGUAUAUAUAUGCAGGGACAUUAAGGCAAAUAAGUUUUAUUCUUAAAGUUUAAAAUAGAUUUUAUGAUAAAUGGCCUUACUGUCCUGUGGCCAAAGCACUGAUAUUAUAUAUUUGCUGUAAAAAAAAAAAAAAUUAAGAUUUUUAUUUUUCUGAUAUUGAAGUUCCUUAAUAAAUUGUUUCAUUUAAAAUGUAA